UUACAACGCAGUUUAACGCGUCACUUUGAGUGUUGGGUUUGAAAUAAUAAUUGAUGUUUUUCCAUAACAUAAAACUUUUGCUAUUGUGGAUGCUAUAUGGAUUUGAUGAUUGAUUUGUGGGGGGAAAACAACAAACAAAAGAGUUGUGAUUUAUAUCAGUGUAGCUGUUAAGGUGAAAGAGAGCUUGAAAAUUGAAAAAAGGCAAAUUAAUUUUUCGUUAACAGAGGAAAUUGGAAGUAAAGUAAGGCUGCAUUCAGUGUAGUGAUUCCUCAUAAUAUAAGAGCCAAACCAAUAACAACAGCAACAACAACAACACACAUAUGGGAGCAGCAUGCACCGAAAAAGAGGAUGAAUGUAAAUAUUUGGAUAACCAGCGCUUAAGCGAAAGGAGUCGCAAAACAGACGAACCGAGAAAAAGGUGGCAAUUUGUUCAUCUUUGAUUGGUUUAUUUCUACUGCCCGAGAAGCUGUCUGAAAAGGAAAAUUCGCAUUUGGGAGAGAAAAGUGUUGAUGUGAUCGGGGCUGUAUUUAAAUUGUAUGAUGGUGUAAGAAGAAAAGAAUAAUCGAAUGAUAGUGAUCCUAAUUCAAUGAUGGUGAUGCAGUACCUAUGGUGAUUUAAAAAAUGUUCGGAAAUGAUUAAGUGAAUGAUAUUAUGAUUCAAUGUUCCGACGGGCAUAAUUGUCAUAGCAAUAUUGAGUGCGGAAAAAUAUGAAAGAAGUGCCCAAUAGAGCAAGCCAAAUGCAAAUCAUGUCGCAGUAUUUCUUCAUGUCUCUUAAAAAAAGAAGGAAUUAAAAUAAAUGCUGAAGAAAAAAAGAACGCUAGAAUUGCGGAUUUGCGUUUCUUUGUAAUCGGAUUAUUUACCACCCUGGAUCUAAAAGGAUUAAGAUUUGAACUUGUAGAGGAAUUAUAAAUUCGAAACUAGUGUCAGCUUGUAAUCAAAUUGCUUAAAAUGGUCUUUUUGGCCCAAGGGCCGGGGCCCUUCGUCUCCCGCCGUGUCGUUUGUGACUGCAGCCGUAACAACGUCGAGUUCGUGAAACACAACAAAAGUUCUGUUCUGUCCAACGUUUACAACAAACAUCAAGUCCAGCUAACGUCAGGAAUUGCCUCCGAAGACUUGUUAGUACGCUUUGAUUUUUCUUCGUCAUUGUUUUUUAACUUUAGCGAAGAAAAACUACCGUCAUUCGAGGGCCCGCCAGCAGCGGAAGCCCUUCUCGCUCUUUCUGCAUGGAUUCAAUGAAACGUAGCGAGGCGAGUAACAGCCACCACCAAAGUAAGGUGGUUUUAACGAACCAAGGAACAGACAGCAAUAACAAAGUAAAUCUUAGCGGUAGUAAUCUGAACAAUAAUACUGUAAGUAACAAGCAGCAAAACCAAUCGGCUCCAUUGAAUCCAAAUCAAGCGUCCACGCUGCCAAACACAUCAACUUCAUCGACGACGCCAGCAGCCGGUGAUAUUAACAAGGAUUCAAAUUUUGAAUACGACGAUAACGAGUGGGAUGUUGGUAUAGGUGAUCUAAUCAUCGACCUAGACGCAGAUAUAGAAAAAUCAUCCGUUCAGUCCGGAACAGUAUUGAUUGGCGAAAAUCCUUCCUCACCGACGCCGGAUCCAACCAUUCCAUCAAUAUCUGCUGAUGCUUUGAACGUGCUUAGUGAAGAAGAUCUUACAACGGAUUCGAAGAAAGCACAUCCUGUAACAACGUCCUCGAAAGAGAGCAAACCGCCUGGAGUUGGUUUGGACAAAACAAAACUUCAAGCAGGCAGUGCAAAACCCUCGAUUUCGGCAACCACGUCUGUAAAAGGAGGAACCACGUCUUCGACAUCAUCCAAAUAUCAUUCCUCCUCUUCCUCUUCCUCAUCCUUACCAUCAUUGUCAUCGUUUCCAUCGGGACAUCAUCAUCAUCAUCAUCACCAUCACCACCACCAUCAUCAUCACAAAUCAAACAGCAACGUAGACUCUCAAAAUCGCGGCAGCACGAACAACCUUUCCAAACAUUCAGUGUUGCUUAGUCAACUUAAUAGCACCAAAAAUCCUAGUUCUUCAACCCUUGAAAUAACUGGUUUGAAGCACCACCACAGUUCUAGCGGUGAUAGUAGCAGUUUGAGCAACAUGUCCUCCACGAACAGUAGUUCGGGUGGUAAAUCAGCCACCAAACUAGCCGUAGAUCACCAAGCCACGCUUGACAAAGGAUUGAAAAUGAAGAUCAAACGUACUAAACCGGGCACGAAAACUUCGGAAGCUAAACAUGAAAUCGUGAAAGCUGAACAAAACGGUACUAGUUCACUAUCGUCAUCUGCGGAUGAGAACAAUGGUAAUAGCAACAGUAGUUCCAACUCAAGUAACAAGAAACAUUCGUCACAGUCACAGUCCCAAGCGCAACAAGUGGCAAGUCCCACCGUGCAACAGCAGCAGCAGCAGCAACAAGGGACAAAACGGGGAAGUAGCGGACAUCGUCGCGAUAAAACGAAAGAAAAGGCCACACAUCACAAUCAACGGGACAAAAAUGAGCACAAUAGUACUAGUAGCAGUAGCAAUAGCUCAACAUCAGCGACUGACCGGGGUUGUAGCUGUACGCACGAGAUGCAAGUGAAUGGAAUCCAACAACCUUGCUCUAGUGCAUCCUGUAUAAGGAGUAGAACCUCAGAUCAACAAAUUAAUCCGCUGGCGCAGCGGUUAUCAAAUCAAAAUAACUCGAGUACAACCACUUCAAAUAGUUUAUUCUCUUCGAAUUCAAAUACGGGUUCUUCGUUAAGUAGUAGUAGUAAUACUCCAAACGCUCCUGGCCCACCGUCCUUAAAGGACAGCAGUAAGAGUAAAGCUGUAGUACCAAUCAUAAUCCAUUCAUCGUCACAGAUCUCUUCCGCGGCGGCCGCCAACAAUUCCCAGUUAUCGAACCUCCAACACUCUACCUCAUCUAGUGGUAGCAGUAGUGGCGGCAGUGGUAACAGUAACAGUUCCAGCAGUAGCACCAACAGUUCCAGUUCUAGCGGCAGCAAUAGUAGUUCAGCGAACAAUGUGUUAAAGUCGCAACUCCAAUCCACGGCGCCUCCAUCAAGUCUAUUGAAUGCGUUGUCGUCGGGAUCAUCUUCAGCGACUGGCUCGUCAUCAUCUGGCAAUGUGUCGUCUGCUACUUCCUCCAGUUCACACAUGAGUGGUGAUGCGAAUUCAACGUUGCUCAAGGACGAUAAGAACAGCACUAGUCCACCGCCGGCAAAACGCCAUAAAUGUGAUCCAAAAGAUAUGGUGGAUGUGUGCGUGGGAACCUCGGUUGGUACCAUUACCGAGCCAGACUGUCUUGGGCCGUGUGAGCCUGGAACGUCCGUAACUUUGGAAGGUAUUGUUUGGCAUGAGACCGAAGGAGGAGUUUUAGUUGUUAAUGUUACAUGGCGAGGUAAAACCUACGUCGGUACUCUAAUAGACUGUACAAAACAUGACUGGGCACCACCACGAUUUUGUGAUUCACCAACUGAAGAGUUGGAUUCGCGAACACCGAAGGGCAGAGCUAAACGCAAUCGCGGAUCGGCACUGUUUCCUGUGAACGACCUUAGCAAUUUCACCGAAACCCGAAGUUCUAUGCAUAGCAAACUACGGAAUGGUGGGACGAAAGGUCGUGGUCGUACUACAACGACUGCUGAAUCAAGCUCGUCGAAGACGACAACCACCUCAACAACCACCACGGCGAGUACAUCGAGUGGCACAAGCACAAGCGUUAGUUCAAAUACUCCUUCAACGUCUCCGGUCGCCUUUUUGCCGCCGCGGCCUGAGAAACGCAAAUCAAAAGAUGAAUGUCCCUCACCGGUGAAUGGUGGCAGUGGAAGUACGAGUGGCAGUACAAGCGGCAAUGUGAUAAAUACUAGUAGUGUAAAUAAUGCUAAUGCGAGUGGUAUCGUCAAUAAUGGCAAUCCAGGAACACAAAGUGUAGUCAAUCCUAUGACAGGACUGAAUGUGCAAAUUUCCACAAAGAAAUGCAAGAGCUCUGCAUCGCCGUGUGCGAUAUCACCAGUGUUGUUGGAAUGUCCUGAGCAAGACUGUAGCAAAAAGUAUAAACAUGCCAAUGGUCUACGGUAUCAUCAAAGCCAUGCCCAUGGUAGUGUUUCGUCAAUGGAUGAAGACUCUUCACAACCACCAGAAUCACCGCAGCGGAUAGCACCGCCAACUACACCGUCACCUUUGCCUACAGUACAGUCCACAAAUCUUCCAACGGUAGCAGCCUCAUCAACCGUUACCACAGCUACCAGCAGUCCUGCACCAGCUGCAACCACUCCAACGGGUAGUACACCUCCGGUGGCCGUUUCUGUAGCGGUGACGUUGAACACUAGUCAAAAUCCUAUCGCAACAGCAACCACUACCACUAGCAGUAGCACAACGGUAAAUUCGUCAAACUCCGUACCCUCUCCGAGUUUACUGAUGACGGUGAAUGUAUCGACCGUUUCAACGCCCUUACCAUCGUCACAUUCGCUACUCUCUACCACACCCCAGGCAUUGUCGGCGACAUCUCCUGUCACCUCUCAGCCUACCAUCACAACACCCGCCGCUGCUGGAGGUAGCAUUACGACUGGAGUUGCAGGACAACCCCAGCCACAUGCAAUUCCAGGAGGCAGUUCAACCUUGCUUAGCUCUGCACUGAGCGGUAAUCAAAAUGGAUCAGCCACUUCGACAUCGCUUUCGUCACAACUACAAUCCGGUCAAGUACAACCCCCGUCUUCUGUUCAGCAACAAUCGACGUCGGUGCCACAGGCUAGCAAUAAUGGCGUCGCUGCAAAUCCCAGUAGAAUCGAUCCCAGUGCAAAAACGAAGCCCGGUGUUUUGCGGUUUGGGCCACUUCCUGGAGAAGUUGACCACAACGCGCGGCUCACGCCGAUUGCUCAAGGCGCUUCCAAUUUACCGGGAACUACUGGUCCACCAAUCCCACCCGGUACUCCGGGAAGGGGCUCGAAUAUAGGGGUCGCCAGUGGACUGCUUAGCAUACAACCGACAACUCCUGGCACACCUGAUGGACUGAAUAUGAAGUCUCAGAAUUGUUCUAAGCAAAAGAAAAAUCGCAAAUCUCCUGGGCCUUCGGAGUUCGACGUCGCGGCAGCGAAUCGAGCGGAGGAUGUCCAAAGCCCCGCCUACAGUGACAUCAGCGAUGAUUCUGCGCCGGUGGUGGAUGCUACCGAUUUAGAUAAAUCCAAGGGUCCACCUCUACCAGACGCGACGAAGAAGCCAAACGAGGGUGUUCCAGGCCAGCUGGGUCCAUUGUCCGGUUAUGGAAUGUAUCCUUACUAUCCCGCUAUGCCUCAUCAGUCUCCAUACUAUUCUUCGGAUCAUACAGGAAAACCUCCGGGUUUGGGUCAUUCUCCAUUGGGUCCUAACACUGCUGUAGACUACAAGAGUAAAGAGCCGCCGCUUGAUCUUAUGAAUAAACCCAAUCCACAUCAGCAACAACCUCCACCUCCACCACAACCGGGACAACCUCCUCAUCCCCAGCAAAUUCCACCAGGAGAUUCCGGACCUCAACAGAACAAAGACUGUCCAAGCGGUCCACCGGCACACGGAGGGACCGGGAAACUAAUGCAGCACUUCUAUCCUUAUGGAUAUAUGCCAACGGGAUUCAGCUAUAAUCUAGAUCCAAACUAUGGUCCAGUUUCGAUGAUGUCCGAAGAAGGCAAAAUGUCUCAGCAGCAACAACCACAAGGACAAAUCAAAGAAGAACGGAUAAAGGAAAGUUCCAGUCCUAACGAGUACGCCAAAAUGGGUCCACAGAUGAUACCCACAAAGUUGAUAAAAUCUGAACCAAUCGCCGUGAAGGACAUCAAGACUGAAGGCGGACAUCCGAUGCACCCGAAGGAUCAACCACCGCAGGUACAACAACAGGGACAACCGCCCAUCAGUGCCUACAGCGGGAUGUUCCAAAGGCAUGGUCUUAAUGUUGGACCACCACAGCCGCCACAGCCAUCGCCGCACAUGAAUCGAGAAGACGAUUUAAGACGGUUGUUCAACUAUUCCGACCAAAGAAGAUCCAGUACGUCUAGUAAUUCUUCGGCUUCAAAUAUGAACACGAAAGAUGAACCUCCAUCACCCUCUCAACCACCUCCGGGGCAUCCUAGUCAGGGACAUGGUCCUCCAAUGGCACAGUCUUCGGCAAACGUUCCCCAAUCUGCACAGCAAUCUAAAGGUUCUAAGAAUCAACCUCCGCCCCAGCCUGCAAUGAAACAGCAAAAGGAUAUUAAAACGGAAGACAAAGAGAUGCUGAAGGUUAAACAAGAGGGUCAGAAACCAACUAUGGAAACGCAAGGACCACCACCGCCUCCCACUUCUCAGUACUAUCCGCAUUCACUAUACAUGAGUACAGGUCCAUUCGGAUUCGACCCGAACCAUCAAAUGUACCGGAAUAUGUUAGUACCAGCGGCGUCCUACAGUGCACCUCCAUAUCACAUACAAAUACCACGGUACGCACCGCCUGAGGACUUGUCACGAAACACUAGUACAAAAGCUCUAGACUUACUACAACAUCAUGCCAGUCAAUACUAUAACUCGCAUAAGAUUCACGAGCUUAGAGAGGGCGCUCUAAAAAGUCCUACCAGCAACGUUAAAGUAAGCGUAUCUAGUCCCAAUCUUUCUCAGCAAUCCAGUCAGAAUCCUAACAUGUGCAUUCCUCCAUCAAAUAGUAGCAUCAGUAGCUUACAACAGCAACAACAACAAGCACCGCCAUCUUCACAUCCACAACAGCCACAGCAACCAGGGGCAUCUCUACAACCCUCUCAAGUCGGAGGUCCCAAUGCUGGUAGUGGGCCUGGUGGAAGUGCAGGACCUGGAGGGCCCGAAAUGCAGAAGGAUCCUGGGGGUCCGAAUGUGUUGGGUCCAGGACCGGUGGCUGUGGGAGCACCGCCGCCGCCUCAGCCAGGACAACCACCGAGUCGGAGUCCGCCGCCGCAACGUCACGUGCACACACACCAUCACACGCACGUCGGCCUUGGCUACCCAAUGUUCCAGAGCCCUUACGGAGUGCUAAGCCAACAAGCAGCAGCAGCCGCUGUCACUGUGAUAAGUCCAUUCCAGGCUGGACCGCCAACCAAGUAAAGAUUCGAGCCGAAAGUGGAAAUUGAUACAGCCACCAUCACCCAUACGAAACGAACCCAGACCUGAUCAUUAGGUGUCCGCCGGAUACAAAUGAUAUGCGAAAAGUCGAGAGACGAGACGAUUGACGGAGUCCGCCAUUUGGGACUGAAGAAGCAGUAACCAUGAAACAGUAGAAGCGAAAGUGUGAUAGUAAUACUUUAUUUUCACCGAUCAAUCAUAAUGCAUUGACGGGUAGCCAGCUUCUUUAAAAUGGCAAAGUAAAACACGGACUAGACCAUGUGAGAGAACAAAUAGAAAAGAGUAAAAUGAGUUUUUUUUUAUUUGUGUACUAUGGACGAGGUUUUAACAGGAGAAGGAAUAUUCUAUUGGAAAGGACUUAAUAUUAAAAAUGUAGCUUUAGUAUUGUUAGAAUAAGCGUAGUCGAUAGUU